AUGUUGGCAACAAAGAAGCUAAUCGUCUACAUCGGUAUCCCGCUGGUGACGUUAUUGAUUGUAGUGGGAAUUGCUUUAGGAUUCAUAUUUUAUUACAAAGAUCCUGAAGCCAGUCCAGUGAACUCCAGAAAGAAAUUGGUGAUAGACCAUGAUGGCGGAGCUGAUGACGCCAUCGCAAUUACAAUGAGUUUGCUCAAUGAGAAAUACUUCGAUGGCCCAGUACUGGUUGCCUUGACAACAACGUUUGGUAACGUGAACCUCACGCAAGCAAUUAUCAACAGUGAUAGGUUUUUGGCACUCUGUGAUAGACGAGAUAUACCAAUAUACUCAGGCGCUCACAAAGCCCUUGUGUCAGAUAUGGAAUCUGAUUACUUUUAUGGAAUGGACGGGUUAGGAGACACUGGCUAUGAAUCUCCAUUGACAAUAGAUAUCGAAAAGGAACCAGCUGCUGUGGCACUUCUAGAACUUUCUAAGAAAUAUGAAGGAGAAUUGAUAGUAGUAGCUAUCGGCCCAGUCACCAACAUUGCACUAGCUGCCCGACUGGACCCAGAAUUUAUACCAAGACUAUCGCAAUUAUAUGUUGGAGCAGGCCAUAUUCAUAAUGAAUUACAUUCUGAACCCGAAUUCAACGCAGCCAUGGACCCUGAAGCGUACCACAUUGUGGCUGACAGCGCUGCAGCGGAUAAAGUAACAUUUGUACCAUUCUCCCAAGUUUACAGCUCGUUAAAUAUAUCCCUUGAUUGGCGGAAAAAUGUUUUGGGAAAAGUCAACACACCUAUCAUGGAAUCUCUGAACAUGUUUGAACGUAUAUCAAUUACCAAAGAAGUCUCUUGGACUCAACUAGACCCGGCUGUGGCGGCCAUUGCACUUAAUAAUGACAUCGUCGAGGAGUUCAAAUAUUCCAACAACAGUAUUAUUUUGGAAGGUGAAGGUCGAGGUUUGAAUACAAAUGAUUUCUCCUCAUCAGAACCUAACACAAGACUAGUUUAUAAAGCAAACGUUGAACGCUACAAGAAGUUCUUACUAGACGUGUACUCAGCCGAAUUGAAUCCUUAACAGAAAACCAAUAAGAUUGAUUGGAAAUGAAUUGAGAAGAGAAACGACUUAUCAGUGUUUGAAAAAUUUGUAUUGUUAUUACCUAAUAUAUUUCAAUAAUGGCGGCUUUGUAAAUUUAUACCAAAGGUAUACUUUUCUUCUCCG